AUCCUCGUGUGUUUGGAAUUUGGAACUGAUGCUUCAGAAAGAGGCUGCAUCCCGCCCUUGUUAAUACGAGAAUACAAAAAAGGGGGAGAGAAAAAUGGCUACAAAAUGCAAAAGGAAGGUAGAGAUCCCGGGCGCCUCUUCCAAACUUGGAAAACCCAAAACCACCGCUGCUGCUGCUGCAGAGCUGUACCCCAAUCACCCUCGCCCGACCCCCGAAGAGUGCCGUUCUGUCAGGGACCAUCUCCUCUCUCUCCACGGCUUCCCUCAGGAAUUCGCCAGAUAUCGAAAGAAUAAGGUUAUUCACGACAGUCCAGAUCCAUCCAAGCCAUUUUUCGGAGAAGACGGCUCUGAUGAGACCAUCACUCGGAAAGAAGGCGUGUUGGAUGGUCUGGUGAGAACUCUUCUGUCUCAGAAUACAACCGAUUCCAACUCGACAAAGGCGUUCGCUUCCCUCAAAUCCUCAUUCCCAACAUGGGAAGAUGUUCUUGCAGCGGAAACUAAAUGUAUACAAGAUGCUAUAAAAUGUGGCGGCUUAGCUGCGACAAAAGCUUCAUGCAUCAAGAAUAUUUUGAGCUCUCUGCUUGAGAAGAGAGGGAAAAUAUGCUUGGAGUAUUUGAGAGGCAUGCCAGUAGAUGAAAUUAAGGCUGAGCUCUGUUGCUUCAAAGGAAUUGGGCCGAAAACGGUGGCUUGUGUUUUGAUGUUCUAUCUUCAACAAGAUGAUUUCCCUGUGGACACUCAUGUAUUUCGGAUUGGGAAGGCUAUUGGUUGGGUUCCACAAGGAGCAGACAGGGAGAAAGCGUAUCAUCAUCUCAACAAACGGAUCCCAAAUGAAUUAAAGUUUGACUUAAAUUGUCUUCUUAUUACACAUGGGAAGCUCUGUCAAAGGUGCACCAAGAAAGGUUCUAAUAAUCAAAGAAGAACCCCUCAUCACACUUGUCCUCUAUUUAAUUACGGUUGAAGCAUUGAAUGAUAGAAAGAUCUAUAUCCUGCUCCAAUCUCGCGAUUCUUUAAAUGUGUGUUUGGAUGCUCAAGUUUGACUGGAUUUAUAUAGGCAAUGACCAAAAUGGAGGGAAGCCAUUUUUCAAAA